AUGUUUGCUUUGGCAAUAAUAAAUUCUUCUUCUUUCCUCUUCUUCUUUCCUUUUCUUCUUCCUUCCUCCUAUUUCUUUUUCUUCUUCUUUCCUUCUUUUUCUCUUCUUCUUUCCUCUUAUUCUCGUUCUCUUCUUCUUCUUUCCUCUUCUCCUGGUUCUCUUCUUCUCUCCUCCUCCUCUUCUUCUUUCCUCCUUUUUUUCUUGCCUUUUCUUCUUCUCUCCUUCUUCUUUUCUCCUCUUCUUACCUCUUCUUGCUCUCUUUUUCUUUCAUCUUCUUCUUGUUCUCUUCUUCUUUCUUCUUCUUCUUGUCUUUUCGUCUUCUCUUCUUCUUUCCUCUUCUUAUUGUUCACUUAUUCUUUCCUCCUCUUCUUGUUGCCUUCUUCUUUCCUCCUCUUCUUGUUCUCUUCUUCUUUCCUCUUCUUCUUGUUCUCUUUCCUCUUCUUCUUCUUCUCUUUCCUCUUCUUCUUCUUCUUCUCUUUCCUCUUCUUCUUCUUCACUUCUUCUUUCCUCUUCUUCUUCUUCUUCUUCUCUUCUUCUUUCCUCUUCUUUUUCUUCUCUUUCCUCUUCUUCUUGUUCUCUUCUUCUGGUUAUCUUCUUCUUUCCUCCUCCUCUUCUUCUUUCCUCCUUUUUUCUUGCCUUCUCUCCUUCUUUUCUCCUCUUCUUACCUCUUCUUGCUCUCUUUUCUUUCAUUUUUCUUUCAUCUUCUUCUUGUUCUCUUCUUCUUCUUUCUUCUUCUUCUUGUCUUUUCAUCUUCUCUUCUUCUUUCCUCUUCUUAUUGUUCUCUUAUUCUUUCCUCCUCUUCUUGUUGCCUUCUUCUUGUUCUCUUGUUCUUUCCUCAUCUUGUCUCUUCUUCUUUCCUCUUCUUCUCUACUUCUUUCCUCUUCUUCUUGUUCUCUUCUUCUUUCCUCUUAUUCCUGUUCCUUUCUUCUUUCCUCCUCUUCUUUUUGUCUUUUCUUCUUUAUUUAUUCUUUCCUCUUCUUUUUUCUUCUUGUUCUCUUCUUCUUUUUUUCAACAUACUCCUCUGUCAGUUUCAGUGCCCUCUCUAAAGUCUGUGUCUGUGUCCUCUCUAAAGUUCAACGUACUCCUCUGUCUGUGUUUGUCCUCUCUAAAGUUCAACGUACUCCUCUGUCUGUGUUUGUCCUCUCUAAAGUUCAACGUACUCCUCUGUCUGUGUCCUCUCUAAAGUUCAACAUACUCCUCAUGUCUGUGUGUGUGUCCUCUGUAAAGUUCAAUGUACUCCUCUGUCAGUGUCUGUGUCCUCUCUAA